CCGCACUCUUUCUUCCUCAGUGUAGAUGAGAGCAGUUCGGUGUCUCCUGGCGUUUCCACAUAAGUUUGUGUUUGGCUUAUUUAGCUGUUCGUAUAAGAUUUUCCCCCCAGUAACAUUUUAAAACACCGCGUAUUCAUCGCUGUAUUAUGGAACUAGACAAAAUGGAUGAAAAUGAUUGGAAAUACCACGGGGAAGGGAACAAGAGCCUUGUUGUUUCUCACGCCCAGCACUCCAAAGUCCUCCGGCUUUUGAAAUACCCUUCUGAAGAUGCAGAAAACACACAUCAGACGACAGAGCAAGCUUUCCAGCAUCUACUUAACAUAGUCGAUUAUAGCAGAAAUGUCAUGAAGCCCUUGUUAGGGGAGAAAUAUGUGCACAGUGGAGAAGUUGUUAAACUCCCAUUGGAAUUUGUACGGCAGCUGUCUUUAAAGAUCCAGCAAGAACGGCCAGAAUUGCGGUGUGAUAAAGUGAUGGACACUUUUAGUGGAUGUGGCCUGUGCCUUCCCAACCUCACCCACCUUUCGCCGUGCCACUUUGGAGAUCGCCGACCUCCUCUGUGUGUAGAAAUUAAGCCAAAAUGUGGAUUUCUACCCUUUUCAAGACACAUUACCAAGGACUGUAAGCGAAAAGUGUGCCGAUUUUGUAUGCAUCAACAUUUCAAGCUAGCCAAUGGGAAGUGGAACAGACUAAGCAGGUAUUGUCCCUUGGAUCUCUUCUCAGGGAGCAAACAGAGAAUGUAUAUUGCUAUCAGGAAUCUGUUGGAGGAACCACAAAACAAUUUGAAAAUAUUUAAGGGUGGAGAACUGAUAUACAGCUGUAAAGACGAUGCCAAGCAACAACCAGAUUUAAAUGAGCUCAUCCAGCACUUGUGGCCCUACUUCCACCACAGCAAUGGUCACCAGUCCAGCAGAACUGUUCUCAGUGAAUUCAUUCAGGUGAUCUGCAGCGCUCUACUGAGCACAGGAGAAUCCAAUCGCUCUGGAGAACAGAGGAAGAUGCAGCUCCCUGAGAGCAGGCUGCUCUGUGAAGCCAGCCCGCUCCAUAGAGAUCUGCUACGCAAUGGCAGUCCUGGUCUUCCCAAAGACUGCGUCCUUGCCAAAAUCCUCCAAGUCCAGAUGAUGGACAACCUCGACAUUGAAGGUCUCUACCCCCUGUUCAAGAGAGUGGAGCAGUAUCUGGAGGAAUUUCCUAAAGAGAGGAACAGAUUACAGAUGGAUGGUCCUUAUGAUGCGAGUUUCCUGGAGAAGGUGAAAAUGUGUCCUCCUGAAGACGAUGGCUCUAUAGAGUAUGCAGUUGGAAAGGUUCUUCAGUACAGAGUAGCAAUGACUGCUAAGGACUGCUCCAUCAUGACCACGUUUGCACCUUGUGGAGAAGAUGAAAAACUACAGCCACAUUUAGAAAUCCAGCCUACAAAAUCUCGUUUCGUAUUCUCGGUCUCCAUCCUGGAUUUGGACCCCAAACCAUACGAGAGCAUCCCACACCAGUAUAAACUCGACUCCAAAAUCGUCAACUAUUACCUGAAGAGCACAAUUGCCACCCAGGAGCUGCCUCCCUCCAGCCUUUACACUGAGCGGCAGGACUGCACACUGCUCUUCCACCCUGUAUGAACGUCACUUUCCUCUCGUCCCUGCUCCACACGCUGCUUCUCACGUGAGCAGUGGGAAAAGGCAAAAACUGAACAUGGUACGCACCAUCUGUGUGCAUUAUUCUUAUUUGUUUGUCCCCCUGAUGUGUGCCAUGUUUGUGUGACAUGAAAAUGACUAAACCUUUCAAGGAAUGCAAGGAACAGGGAGAGCAAGGGUGUGUUGGGUGGUCAUGUGAACUACAACAGCAUUCUAGUGCCAAAAGUGGCUUUUUUCACUCGUGUUUUUUGCUCAGUGUUUGUGUCUCUGUGUAGAGACUAAAGUGAUAGUUAAAAUAAAGAUGGAUACUUGAUGUAAAAUGAGACUACUACUCCAUAAUGUUUAGGUCUGUGACCACUGACAUUAACAGAAUUUACAAUAUGGUGAGAAGACUGAACACGUAUUGAUGUGUUUUGGCUCAAUGCCAUAAUUGUGUACCUUUUUUAAAGUACUGUACCAUCCUCAGUUAGUAUUUAAGUAAUCAAGCUUCUCAAAUCAACUUUGAUGUGGCUUGUGAUCUCUUUUUAUUUUUCCUUUGGUCAAGUUUUAACACAAAAUGCACAUUGCAUGCUGAUGUGUUUAACCACUGCAUGUUUUGCUACUUAAUUUGCUCCUAAUCUAUGUUUUUACUGAAUUGUUUGUGUGGCUCCCCCCCCCCCCCCCCCCUUCCUUAUUUUGAUCUAAUCUCCAUCCACUUUAAAUGUAGCAUGUGUGUGAUGUACAAUGAAAAAUCUCUGGCAAUCUUGUGUGCUACAGAUGCAGUGAAUGUAGACCAGGGUUUUUUUUUUUUGGGGGGGGGCGGUGGACUCAAUUGCUGGAGAAAUGCAGUUUUGGAGAACCCUGACUUGAGCUGGGCUUUUGUUGGGCCCGAAACCAGACUAAGCAGUGGUUAAUAUAGGUUUAACGUGCGGACCAAAGGCAUUCAAUACACAAGUUGCACAUGAGUAUAACAAGCCAAGCUGGCACUUUCCAUAAUUGAACAACCUAAAGAAGUUAAUUACAUUUUUUAAUGGCUUGUUCUUUAUAAUAAAGUAGUUUAACAAGUUGCCUGUGGCUCAGUACAUAUGUCUGGCCCAUUUACUUACAGCAGAAAGCACAGCGUUUUACUAUAGCCAAAUGUUUUAUAAAGACACGUAAACUUUCCCAAAUAUCACUUAUGUAGACCACUUUUAACUCGACACUAUACAUUACUUACAAAGACUGUAUGCCUGUGCUCAUCUUCAAGGGUCAGAUCAGCUUAUAAAUACAUGUCUGUUCAGCCACACCAUCAGUGCAUCAUUGCUUUGGACAGGUUUUUUUUUUAAAAAUAACCUUCCAGCUCAUGUUUAGUAAUUGCUAUGUCUAAUUUAAACCACUAAAGUUCAGUUUCUCUUUAGCUGAACAAGUCCGUGACUUGAUUUGACUCUUUACAUUUUGUGCAUGUCUGUUCUCGAGGCCUUAAUCAACAGUUCAGAGGAUUUGAAUGGAUUUAAACAUGGACAGCCUUUAAUAUCAGCCAAACUCUCUACUGUUCCUCCUAAUGUACCUCUGUACAUGUUUGUGCUGAAGAUUUUUAGUUCAGUAGUCAUUAUGUGAAGGAGUAAAAAUGGAAAGUUUUUGCAGUUGAAAGUAGACAAGGCUGAAGAAUUGUUACAAAGAAAAUAUUUCGACUACGCUGCCAGUCAAAAGUUUGGACACGUGGAGUUUGUUUUAUUAUAAACACUACUUACCCAGAGGAAAAGUAGGUUAAGGAAAAUUAAACAAAUGCUGCUCUCAUGACCCAAAUCUUCAGUGUCUCUUUUAAUAAAUAUAGGAGCACUUGGAACAGGAAUCAAAGUUUACACUCACCAGCCACUUUUUAAUAGGAACUUGUUCUUGGCCGACAGGAGUGGAACCCAAUGUGGUCUUCUGCUGUUGCAUGUUGAGCUGCUUUUCUGCUCACUACAGUUGUAAAGAGUUGCUGUAGCCUCCCUGACAAACCAAUCUGGCCAUUUUCCUCUGGCCUCCCAACAAGGCGUUUCCACUUACCAAACUGUUGAUGGGUUUUUUUUUUUGUACCAUUCUGUGUAAACUCUAGAGGUGUGUGUGUGUGUGAGAGAGAGAGAGAGAGAGAGAGAGAAACCCCAGGAGCUGAGCAAUUUGAGAUACUUAAACCAGUCCAUCUGGCACCAACCCCUAUGCCACAGUGAAAGUCACAGAUCACACCAUUCUGAUGUUGGAAGUGAACAUUAACUGAAGCUCUUGAUUUCUGUGUGUUUUAUAUAUAAAGUAUGUCAGCCCUGUGAUGACCUGGCGACUUGUCCAGGGUGUACCCCGCCUUUCGCCCAUAGUCAGCUGGGAUAGGCUCCAGCUUGCCUGUGACCCUAUAGAACAGGAGAAGCGGCUACAGAUAGAUGGAUUUUUAUUUAUGUAUAAUAUAUAGUGCUGCUGUCAAGGGAUUGGCUGAUGAGAACUGCAUAAAACAGGUGUAUGGUGUUCCUAAUAAAGUGGCCAGUGAAUGUCUAUAGAUCUAGAAAAACUAUCAGUUAUAAAGACAAUUAUCCUAUGCUCUAUUCUAUGAAGUGAGCAAGAGCUUAUCCUUUUCCAAUUUAAUUCACCUGCAUUCCUUAAUUAAACUUUUAAAUACUGUAAAAAUUGACAGCUUGAUAUUAAGAUAAACUUUUGAUUGGCAGUGUAUGAGUUUGCCUAAGGCUAUCCAAGGUGGUUAAUGUGCAGGGAGCAAAAUGUUUACUGACUCACUACAAGGAACUAAAAGAUGUGUACUUGCUAAACUGAAACCCAGGUUGUUAUUAAUCCUCUCAAAAAAAAAAUCACAAUCACUGUGAUACAGAUGACAUAAGGACUAAACUAUUCACCAUUUCAAAAGAGUGGAUUUUGCUGUCAUUUUUCUAUUUAAAUUAUUUAUUUUUCUAGCUAUUGUCUAAUGAUGUAUAUUUACAUAUGCUGUGUGCACACAUGUACAUGUGGUGACAAUGUGUACAGAUGGCAUUAAUACAUUUCUUAAUGGGUGAUUGAUAGUGGUGUUUAUACUGAAUAAAAUGAUUAAAGUAUACAUGUGUCUCAA